UGAAAAUGUUUACUUCCUGAGUUUGGAUAAAAAUCUUGCCUUCUAGUUUAGAGUCGUUUUUUAGAAGUUAUUUGCGAUAUAAACAAGCCUUGCUUACAUAAUAAGGGAAAAUGUAAUCCCAAGAUUAUCAAUAGCUAAUUUUGCAACAAUAAACUGUCGGUACAAUGUCGAAUCAGUUGAAUCAAUCCGGGAUCACUGAUGAAGAAGAGGCUGCAUGGAUUGCUCAACAACAGGGGCUGCAUGUAGAUUUCAUAGAUAGCAGUUUUGAGUCCAGCAUGGGUCUUGUAGAAGAUAUCAAGGUUGAGUCGACGAGUCCAACUUCAAACAAUGCCAGAUUUUCUUUCUCCCGGGCAAGCAGCACUGGAUCCAUCCCUGCUAUAAGCUCAUCUGCUUCCUCCGCACAGAACACAGAUGACGAAGACUCGGAUCAGAAGCAAACUAUGACCUACAAGGACCGACGCCGCGAGGCUCACACGCAUGCAGAGCAGAAGAGACGUGAUGCAAUCAAGAAAGGGUAUGAUGAACUACAACAGUUAGUCCCUACAUGUCAACCGGAUCAGCUGAUUGGUAGCCAGAAGAUGAGCAAGGCCGCAGUGCUUCAGAGAUCCAUUGAUUACAUGCAAUUCCUUGUCCAACAGAAGAAGAAACAAGAGGAUGAAGUGGACUCACUCAGAAAGGAAGUUAUGGCAUUGAAGAUUAUGAAAGCGAACUAUGAGCACAUAGUGAAGGCCCACCAGAACACACCCCAAGCAGGCCAAAAUCAAGUGCCAGAUGAAAUCAAGUUUCAAGUGUUUCAGCAGGUGAUGGACACAUUGUUUCAGUCAUUCAAUGCAUCAAUCUCAGUGGUUAACUUUGCUGAACUAUCUGGUUGUAUAUUCAAGUGGUUGGAGGAACAUUGCAAACCACAAACACUUCGAGAGUUGACUAUGAAUGUAUUACGCCAACUUAACAACCAACUGAGUCAUUAGCAGGAAAGAGGCCACUAAAGUGUGGCUGUUUUAUAGAUGUGUUGUAUUCGCCACUUACAUGUAGUUUCUUGGUGUAGAUUAUCAAGGAAUAAAACAAUGUGCUCAAUAUACAGGAUUCUUUUCAUAAUCAAAUACAAUAUCAGUGACGUUUAUAGUGACAUUAUUUUAAUCUAUUGUAAUCUAUUUAAUUUGGGUCAUAGACUAUGUAUUUCAAUUACAAGUCUAUAAUCUUAAAUGAAAUUAAAAUACCUCAAAGAUGAACAGUUUUUAAAAUCCUGUAAAUUUGAUCCAUCUAUUUAUGUUAUGAACCUCUCUUAUACACCCAAGUGUAACACAUUUUUGCAGGCUCAAAGGCUUUAUUAUAAUGUAUUUGCAAUGCAAAUAAAAUUUAUUAUCAUGUAAUUUAUUUACUUAAUAAGUAGGCACAAUGUAUUCAAGCUUACUAGAGAGGUCUUGCUUUAAGUCUAUGCCUUUUUGCUAUUUUCCUAAACUUCCUUUUGGUAUAUGCCUGUAAUUGUAUAAGCAUGUUUGUAUGUAGAUGCACCACAUUGUCAGUGUGUUUCCCACUGUUUUAAAAGUGAUUCCAAUAUAUAACAUGUUCUUUUUGGUUUUAUAAAUUUUUACAGAAUAUGAUUUUAUUGUAAGUUGUUUCCGUACCAAAAUAAGUAUGAAAGGUAUGAAACAAUAAUAAAACAUGUUGUAUUAAUCAAUUAAAGAGCUUUAUUCAUGAUCACUUAGUAUGAAUUUAUACAAUAUAUAAAUACAUACAUAUUAUAUAUAGCAUAUAAAUACCUCAUCAAAAUG